AUGAAUAUACAUAGAGAAAGAGAUGCAGAAAUUAUCUAUCUAUCUAUCUAUCUAUCUAUCUAUCUAUCUAUCUAUCUAUCUAUACAUCUCUCAUCUAUUAUUAAUUGUAUAUUACUUUCUGUCUGGUUACAUCACUCUCAGUUUCUUCACCUCUGUCUGCUUGAAUUUCUUUAUCUCUCUUAUUUUAUCUCUCUGUCCAAAUCUUUCAUAUCUAUUAAAAUAUAUUUGUCAAUUUAUAUACUCUUCUUUGCCAGUUCAUGCUUACUUUUGUCAGUUCAUUUCUAUUCUUCUAUCUGUUCACAUAUUUCCCAGACACUUUCAAUCUAUCAUUUUGUCUUUCUUCAUUCGUACCUAUUGCAAUGUUUUUGUCAUUUCUUUUUAUAUUUUCUCUGUCAGUUCAUAAUUGUUUUUGACCACUGUCAGUUCAUAAUUGUUUUUUUUACCUCUGUCAAUUCAUGUUUGUUUUUUAUCUCUGCAAGUUCAUUUAUAUUUUUCUGUCAGUUUGUUUCCUUUCUUCCAUCUCUGUCAAUUUGUUUCCUUUCUUCCAUCUCUGUCGGUUUCUUUCCUUUCUUCCAUCUCUGUCGGUUUGUUUCCUUUCUUCCAUCACAGUCAGUUUGUUUCCUUUCUUCCAUCUCUGUCGGUUUGUUUCCUUUCUUCCAUCUCUGUCAGUUUGUUUUCUUUCUUCCAUCUCUGUUGGUUUGUUUCUUUUCUUCCAUCUCUGUCAGUUUGUUUCCUUUCUUCCAUCUCUGUCAGUUUGUUUUCUUUCUUCCAUCUCUGUCGGUUUCUUUCCUUUCUUCCAUCUCUGUCGGUUUGUUUCCUUUCUUCCAUCUCUGUCAGUUUGUUUCCUUUCUUCAUUCUCUGUCAGUUUGUUUCCUUUCUUCCAUCUCUGUCAGUUUGUUUCCUUUCUUCCAUCUCUGUCGGUUUGUUUCCUUUCUUCCAUCUCUGUCAGUUUGUUUCCUUUCUUCCAUCUCAGUCAGUUUGUUUCCUUUCUUCCAUCUCUGUCGGUUUGUUUGCUUUCUUCCAUUUCUGUCAGUUUGUUUCCUCUCUUCCAUCUCUGUCGGUUUCUUUCCUUUCUUCCAUCUCUGUCAGUCUGUUUCCUUUCUUCCAUCUCUGUCGGUUUGUUUCUUUUCUUCCAUCUCUGUCAGUUUGUUUCCUUUCUUCCAUCUCUGUCAGUCUGUUUCCUUUCUUCCAUCUCUGUCAGUUUGUUUCCUUUCUUCCAUCUCUGUUGGUUUGUUUCCUUUCUUCCAUCUCUGUUGGUUUGUUUCCUUUCUUCCAUCUCUGUCGGUUUGUUUUCUUUCUUCCAUCUCUGUCGGUUUCUUUCCUUUCUUCCAUCUCUGUCAGUCUGUUUCCUUUCUUCCAUCUCUGUCAGUCUGUUUCCUUUCUUCCAUCUCUGUCAGUUUGUUUCCUUUCUUCCAUCUCUGUCAGUCUGUUUCCUUUCUUCCAUCUCUGUCAGUUUGUUUCCUUUCUUCCAUCUCUGUCAGUUUGUUUUCUUUCUUCCAUCUCUGUCGGUUUCUUUCCUUUCUUCCAUCUCUGUCAGUCUGUUUCCUUUCUUCCAUCUCUGUCAGUCUGUUUUCUUUCUUCCAUCUCUGUUGGUUUGUUUCCUUUCUUCCAUCUCUGUCGGUUUGUUUCCUUUCUUCCAUCUCUGUCGGUUUGUUUUCUUUCUUCCAUCUCUGUCAGUUUGUUUCCUUUCUUCCAUCUCUGUUGGUUUGUUUCCUUUCUUCCAUCUCUGUCGGUUUGUUUCCUUUCUUCCAUCUCUGUCGGUUUGUUUUCUUUCUUCCAUCUCUGUCAGUUUGUUUCCUUUCUUCCAUCUCUGUUGGUUUGUUUCCUUUCUUCCAUCUCUAUCAGUUUGUUUUCUUUCUUCCAUCUCUGUCGGUUUGUUUCCUUUCUUCCAUCUCUGUCAGUUUGUUUCCUUUCUUCCAUCUCUGUCAGUCUGUUUCCUUUCUUCCAUCUCUGUCAGUUUGUUUCCUUUCUUCCAUCUCUGUUGGUUUGUUUCCUUUCUUCCAUCUCUGUCAGUUUGUUUCCUUUCUUCCAUUUCUGUCAGUUUGUUUCCUUUCUUCCAUCUCUGUCGGUUUGUUUCCUUUCUUCCAUCUCUGUCGGUUUGUUUCCUUUCUUCCAUCUCUGUCAGUUUGUUUCAUUUCUUCCAUCUCUGUCAGUUUGUUUCAUUUCUUCCAUUUCUGUCAGUUUGUUUCCUUUCUUCCAUCUCUGUCAGUUUGUUUCCUUUCUUCCAUCUCUGUCAGUUUGUUUCCUUUCUUCCAUCUCUGUCGGUUUGUUUCCUUUCUUCCAUUCCAUUUCUGUCGGUUUGUUUUCUUUCUUCCAUCUCUGUCACUUUGUUUCCUUUCUUCCAUCUGUGUCAGUUUGUUUCCUUUCUUCCAUUUCUGUCAGUUUGUUUCCUUUCUUCCAUCUCUGUCGGUUUGUUUCCUUUCUUCCAUCUCUGUCAGUUUGUUUCCUUUCUUCCAUCUCUGUCGGUUUGUUUGCUUUCUUCCAUCUCAGUCGGUAUGUUUCCUUUCUUCCAUCUCUGACGGUUUGUUUCCUUUCUUCCAUCUCUGUCAGUCUGUUUUCUUUCUUCCAUCUCUGUCGGUUUCUUUCCUUUCUUCCAUCUCUGUCGGUUUGUUUCCUUUCUUCCAUUUCUGUCAGUUUGUUUCCUUUCUUCCAUCUCUGUCAGUCUGUUUCCUUUCUUCCAUCUCUGUCAGUUUGUUUCCUUUCUUCCAUCUCUGUCAGUUUGUUUCCUUUCUUCCAUCUCUGUUGAUUUGUUUCCUUUCUUCCAUCUCUGUCAGUUUGUUUCCUUUCUUCCAUCUCUGUCAGUUUGUUUCCUUUCUUCCAUCUCUGUCGGUUUCUUUCCUUUCUUCCAUCUCUGUCGGUUUCUUUCCUUUCUUCAAUUUCUGUCAGUUUGUUUCCUUUCUUCAAUCUCUGUCAGUUUGUUUCCUUUCUUCCAUCUCUGUCAGUUUGUUUCCUUUCUUCCAUCUCUGUCGGUUUCUUUCCUUUCUUCCAUCUCUGUCAGUUUGUUUCCUUUCUUCCAUCUCUGUCAGUUUGUUUCCUUUCUUCCAUCUCUGUCGGUUUGUUUCCUUUCUUCCAUCUCUGUCGGUUUGUUUCCUUUCUUCCAUCUCUGAUGGUUUGUUUCCUUUCUUCCAUCUCUGUCAGUUUGUUUCCUUUCUUCCAUCUCUGACGGUUUGUUUCCUUUCUUCCAUCUCUGUCAGUUUGUUUCCUUUCUUCCAUCUCUGUCAGUCUGUUUCCUUUCUUCCAUUUCUGUCAGUUUGUUUCCUUUCUUCCAUCUCUGUCGGUUUGUUUCCUUUCUUCCAUCUCUGUUGGUUUGUUUCCUUUCUUCCAUUCCAUUUCUGUCGGUUUGUUUUCUUUCUUCCAUCUCUGUCACUUUGUUUCCUUUCUUCCAUCUCUGUCAGUUUGUUUCUUUUCUUCCAUUUCUGUCAGUUUGUUUCCUUUCUUCCAUCUCUGUCGGUUUGUUUCCUUUCUUCCAUCUCUGUCAGUUUGUUUCCUUUCUUCCAUCUCUGUCGGUUUGUUUGCUUUCUUCCAUCUCAGUCAGUAUGUUUCCUUUCUUCCAUCUCUGACGGUUUGUUUCCUUUCUUCCAUCUCUGUCAGUCUGUUUUCUUUCUUCCAUCUCUGUCGGUUUGUUUCCUUUCUUCCAUUUCUGUCAGUUUGUUUCCUUUCUUCCAUCUCUGUCAGUCUGUUUCCUUUCUUCCAUCUCUGUCAGUUUGUUUCCUUUCUUCCAUCUCUGUCAGUUUGUUUCCUUUCUUCCAUCUCUGUCGGUUUGUUUGCUUUCUUCCAUCUCAGUCGGUAUGUUUCCUUUCUUCCAUCUCUGACGGUUUGUUUCCUUUCUUCCAUCUCUGUCAGUCUGUUUUCUUUCUUCCAUCUCUGUCGGUUUCUUUCCUUUCUUCCAUCUCUGUCGGUUUGUUUCCUUUCUUCCAUUUCUGUCAGUUUGUUUCCUUUCUUCCAUCUCUGUCAGUCUGUUUCCUUUCUUCCAUCUCUGUCAGUUUGUUUCCUUUCUUCCAUCUCUGUCGGUUUCUUUCCUUUCUUCCAUUUCUGUCAGUUUGUUUCCUUUCUUCCAUCUCUGUCAGUUUGUUUCCUUUCUUCCAUCUCUGUCAGUUUGUUUUCUUUCUUCCAUCUCUGUCGGUUUCUUUCCUUUCUUCCAUCUCUGUCGGUUUGUUUCCUUUCUUCCAUCUCUGUCAGUUUGUUUUCUUUCUUCCAUCUCUGUCAGUUUGUUUCCUUUCUUCUAUCUCUGUCAGUUUGUUUCCUUUCUUCCAUCUCUGUCGGUUUCUUUCCUUUCUUCCAUUUCUGUCAGUUUGUUUCCUUUCUUCAAUCUCUGUCAGUUUGUUUCCUUUCUUCCUUCUCUGUCAGUUUGUUUCCUUUCUUCCAUCUCUGUCGGUUUCUUUCCUUUCUUCCAUUUCUGUCAGUUUGUUUCCUUUCUUCAAUCUCUGUCAGUUUGUUUCCUUUCUUCCUUCUCUGUCAGUUUGUUUCCUUUCUUCCAUCUCUGUCGGUUUCUUUCCUUUCUUCCAUCUCUGUCAGUUUGUUUCCUUUCUUCCAUCUCUGUCGGUUUGUUUCCUUUCUUCCAUCUCUGUCGGUUUGUUUCCUUUCUUCCAUCUCUGUCGGUUUGUUUCCUUUCUUCCAUCUCUGACGGUUUGUUUCCUUUCUUCCAUCUCUGUUGGUUUGUUUCCUUUCUUCCAUCUCUGUCAUUCAUUCCUAUCCUUCUGUCAGUUCAUAUCUCUUUGUCUCUCAGUUCAUUUCUAUUUGUCAAUCACUGUCAGUUUACUUCUGUAUUUAUGGGUUUAUAUCUAUUUUUUCUGUUUAUUUUCAUGCAUUGAUCUGCUUUACUUUUUUUUAAUCUGUUCUCCUCAUUCUUUCUAUACAAAGUCUUCUUUCCUCUUCUGUCUAAUUACAUCUCUUUCUUUAGUUCAUUUUCUCUCUUUUUUCUUCAUCCUUUAA